CACAUUAUCAUGCUAUCCCGUUGCUUACACAUGAUAUCAUAAUCACCAUAAUUUCAAAUUGAUUUUCCAAACGCGCUCGAGGUCUGAAGCGUUAAUAACCGAUACGUACACUGACAGACAUGAAAAUUGACACACGAGGAUAGAUUUCCAUAAAUAAUUUCUAAUUAUUUAACGAUUUCAAAAAAACUAUGCACACCAAGGUCAGUCGAAUUUGCUAUACGUAAUAUCCAUGCGGAAAAAAAUGCACUCGUUGAGUUGCACCUUAUCCCAUGUUGUUUUUUGCAAGACAUUGAUAUAAUUCAAUUUGAUAGAACCGAUAAUCUCACUCCCUCGUUAACCUUGUUUAUGUCAAGAAAAACUGUCGUCGUCAUUACUUGAUUUUUCACCAAUCAAUUACAACAGUUCGCUCAAUUACUUUGCUACACGUAUAAUAUCUCAAUCUACAAGGAAUCGAUUGAGUAAUCAGCUGUUUAGUCAUAGCUUUUCGCAUCUGCCCGCAUAUUUUUUUUUUGCACGUGUGUAAAUUAAGGGCGCGAAUUAUUUCUUAUCUGGAGUAUUACCGCAUGUUUAAAAAAAGAUCACACGCGCGCAAUAAUUAGAGUUGUGUCUACACCAUCGUAUGGUAUACGUAUACGUUACGAAAAUAAGAAAGAUAACGCGUUUGAAGGCUGAAUGUUUUCCCCACUAUCAAGUAUGAAUCCGCCGAUUAUGCGUAGCUAUAAUAGCGGAGACCAUCGUGGGUGUAUUUGAUUUUUACUAAUGUUAAUAGUUACUUCUAAAGUAUCAAAAUGUCUCACAGUAUCAUACGACGAUAUGACAUUUUGAUAUCUACGGAACUUUCCUGUCAAACUAACAUUCCCUUCUGUUAUGUGCAAUAAAUAUUCUUCAUUAUGCACAGUUGUUAUCCGUAAUGUAAUAUAUCCGCUGUAUAAUCCAAUAAUAGUGUUCUUGCAUCGCUCCGUAUGUUAUCUCUUUGCCCCAUGUCCGGUUGUGGUAACGGGAAACAUUUCACGCUGCAUAAAACGAAAAAGAAAACACUAAACAAUAAAUUAAACGAUGUAAAAAGAAAGAAUAUCCUUCUGUCUAUGCAGCAGUCCUACGCACUUAAUAGGAAACCUGGUAUCCAGUAGUCCGAAUACGAGAAAACCCCAUUUGAAAUGCCUUCGACGGCUACGGCGAGGACGAGCGAUGUGCUCAACAACGACCUGGACUGGGUCGGGGACGUUCCGCGUACCGGUGCAUUGGCGAAAUACCGGGAGUCCGCGUCAUUCUGUUGGAAACGACUUAGAAUCAUUAUAGAAGAUCCAGAUGUCCUUAAAAUAAAGAUGAGAGUAUGGGAGGCGAUGGAGGCGGACCCAGAAUUUCACCCUCUCCGAGAAACGCCAAGUGUGGAUGAGCAGAAAAGAAGAGUCGCCAAGCAAUCGGUUCGGCUCAAUCAUGCAAAUUUAUUGCCACCGAACGUUAGUCAAAUGAGAUAUAAAGCCAAGACAGGUUAUUUGAUGGUGUUGAACGAAGCUACCGCAAUAGUCAGCCCGUCUUUAUCGGUAAAAAUAGCCAUCGGAGUUUACCUGUUCGGAAAUACCAUAUUGAGUCUGGGGACGGAACGUCAUGUUUCCAUGUUCCAUGCGGUCUGGAACAAGCAGAUGCUAGGAUGCUAUGCAUUAACUGAGGUAGCGCAUGGUAGCAAUACAAAAAUGAUGAGGACGACUGCGACUUAUGAUCCAGAAACACAACAAUUUGUACUUCACACGCCAGACUUUCAGGCUGCUAAAUGCUGGAUAGGGAAUUUAGGUAAAACUUGUCUUGUCGCGAUUGUCUUUGCUCAAUUGGUCACACUCAACGAAUGCCAUGGAUUGCACGCGUUUAUCGUACCGAUUAGAGAUCCAAAAACUUAUCGACCGUACCCUGGUAUCAUAGUCGGUGAUAUGGGAGAAAAAAUGGGACUAAACGGAAUUGAUAACGGUUUCCUCAUGUUCAACAAUUACCGAAUACCGCGAGAAAGCUUAUUGAACAGAACAGGGGACGUUACUCCGGAGGGUGAAUACGAAAGCUCAUUUUCAGACCCGCAGAAGAUCAUCGGAGCGGCCCUUGAAAAUUUAUCUGCGGGACGAAUAGGCAUCUGUCAGGAAAGUACAAAUACGCUCGGAGCUGCGAUUGUCAUAGCGGUGAGAUACGCCGGUGUUAGGAAACAGUUCGGAAGUUCCAAUUCUGUGGCAACUGGAGAAGAAACUCCUUUGAUUGAGUACGAACUUCACCGAUGGCGACUUUUCCCUCACCUCGCGGCAGCAAUAGUUCUCAGAUGUUUCAUGUCAGAGUUCAGUCAAGUUUAUCUAGAAAAUGUCCAAAAAUCUAUGGAAGGGGAAAACAUACCCGAUCUUAGUCAAAUUGUAUCGGAAAUUCACUCUAUCGUCUCAGCAAUAAAGCCUUUAAUUACCUGGACUUGUCGAGAUGCAAUAAAAGAGUGCCGAGAAGCCUGUGGUGGUCAUGGCUACCUCAAAGCUUCAAAUUUGGGUGAGCUUGGUGUCAAUCACGAGCCCACAGUCACCUACGAAGGUGACAAUAAUGUUCUGCCGCAGCAAACGAGCAACUGGAUUUUACGUCAAUGGGCAGAGGUGCAAGGUGGUGGUCCAUUGUCGAGCCCACUGGGAUCGGUCGAUUUCCUGGCAAGCGGACCACUGAUAUUGAAGAGGAAAUUCCAGGGGAGAAACGUUGCUGACGUCAUGUCAAACAAAUUCGUUAAAGAAACUAACGAGUGGCUGUUGUGCUGGCUGGCCAUCCAAACACAGCAGCGGAUCAACGAAGGAGUUCAGAGUGGACUAGAUAAUUUUUCUGCACGUAACAAGGCACAGGUUUACCGGGCAGCAAUUCUUUCCAGAGUCUAUGGAGAGAUGAUAGUGCAAAAGUAUUGCAUGAUAAGAAUCCGACGUUUGGUUCCUUCUACACCUGAGAAUCGAAGCUUGGAAAUCGUUUUAGAGAAGCUACUUUUAUUGUAUUCACUGUCGUGUCUGGAGAAGCAUUUGGCUACGCUUUACCAAGGUGGUUACUGCGAGGGGCCGAGAAUGGCAGAUCUGUUGAGAGAAGCCAUCCUGGUUCUGUGCGAACAGUUGAAACCAGAAGCAAUAGGAAUUGCAGAUGCACUGGCACCGCCUGAUUUUGUUUUGAAUUCGGUUCUUGGCAAUGCUGACGGAAAGGUAUACGAACAUCUUGAGGCUUCAUUCAAAUGUAACCAAGGAGGAAUGCAGAGGGCACAAUGGUGGCAUGAACUUCUGGAGGCCUCUAAGAAUCCCCUGCAAUAUCCCCGCGCUAAGCUUUAAUGUUGCUGUUGCUAUGAUCGGCACCCAGAUUUCCAAGUUGCCCCUUAUUGGGCUAGGGUCACGCAUGCCUACAAAUAAAAAUAUUAUGUGUAACUAUUAUAUAUAUGCAGACACGCACCAUGAAAGAUUGAAUAAUUGAUGGAAUUCUACGCUACAAUGACCCAGAAUACAUUAUAGUAAUACCCAUAUUGGUAUAACAUAAUAUGUAUAGUGAAUUCAUAAAAUGUACAUAAUUAUUUUUCUAACGAAUUUAUAAAUAUUAACAAUCGCAUAUCGUUGUUAUAUAUUCAAAGUAUCUUAAGAAUCAAUCGAAUUUAGAUCAGAUUUUGGCGAUAAUCAAAGGUUUCUCGAAUGACAAAUAUAUCAGGGGCUGCAUAGAGCGUUUAGUAAAAACUGAGAAAAAAAAAAUAAUACCAAAUCGAGAUCAGCACGCAGUAUUAUCACCAUUAUCAAUAUCAUUGUCGUUGUCAUGAUCAUCAUACAUAUGCAAUAUAAUUCUAAGUGUGUUUAAUUAUACCGUUAGUUGUUUAGUAAUUUACGCACGAUUUAGAACUUUCGAAUCUGGUUUGAACAGUCAUGUUGCGACAUCCGCGAUCGUGACAAUUAUUCUAAAACACCCGCACAUACCUAUAGGUAUACACAAAUGAUUAUCAUAUUUUAUAUAUGUAUGUAUGUGUACCUAUAAUACAGGCGCCUAUUUGUAAUAUUAUACAGCUAUAAGUGUACGAGUAUGCGCAAUGUUAUUUAUCGUUCACUUUUCGUUCAAAUGAAAUACCAUGCGCACGAAAUGCUGAAUAAUGAAUCCUGAUCGACAAUAUUUAAAUAUUCCAAUAGCCUAAAAGAGGCUCGAUAAUUGUUACGCACAUUUAUAAUUAUUUAUGAAACAUAUCUCUUUAUGUUAUGUAUACAUUGAUAUGUGAAAAAAUUAUAAAGUAUUUCAAUUAUA